AUGAAACCUAAAGGAACUCGUUCUCUUUCUGCUUGCAUUCAUUGUAGAAAAGCAAAAAUAAAAUGCACUAACUUCGAUUCUAAACUUGGAUGUGAUGAAUGUGAAAAACGUCAAUUAAAAUGUAUAAUGGAUCCAUGCCGUAAAAAACGCGGACCGAAACCAAAGACUAUUCACAUCAUGCCUACAUCACAACUGCCGAAUACAAUUAACUUUGAUUCAAGGGUAUCUGGGUUAAAUGAUUUUGGGAACAUGAUAUACGAUGUUCAACUAUCAGAAGUUAGACCUACAUUAUCAACCCGAUGCAUGAGUUGUGUGAAAGGAAAAAAAUUAUGCAAAGGUGGAACUCCUGGACUUUAUAAAUGUGAUAGGUGCCAAAAAAAGAGCGUUUGUAUAUUUCAAUGCACAGCCUGUUAUAAAAAGAACAAGGAUAAAAAAGAUCAGCUACCACAAUGCAACCAUUGCAAAGUGAUUUCAGGAGAUCCACCUCCUGAAAGCAUUAUUUCAAAGUAUGAUAUAACCAUGGAUGAGGCUGGGCAAAAAUCCUACCUUCGUCAUUAUAAUUGUAAUCAUAAAAUAGAGAUCACCUCUGAUGCAAUGAUAAAUUCCUACAAAACUAUUAAUCCAACUUACAUAGCACCAGAUGACGUUUCUGAACUUUCAAAUCUUCAUGGUCAGAAUGAAGAAAGUUAUACGAGUG